CAAGGUGGCGGAGAAAUGAGAAGAGCCCAUGUACGAUAACAACUCUCAUUUCCCCCGAUCAACGUGAAGGCAGCAUGAUGGCUCUCUGGUCACCAUAGCAACGAGACGCCGCGAGGCAGCAGGACCAGAUGAAACAUUCACGACUCAUCGUCUCUUGUAGCAAAGUUACUUUUCACCCAACUACAUCUAUAUUUUUGCGCAAUUAGUGAACUGAAGUCGGAGAGCCGCCAUUUCUAAGUAGCUGCUGGCACAACUUACAAACGGAGGUUGACACUCAAAGGUUAGCUGUGCCGAAAAAUGCCUUUGCUAGUGACCGACUACUCAUGGACACAGACAGAUUCGACGGUUUAUAUAAGUGUGCCUUUAAAAGGAGCGAAAGUUGGGAAAGUGGACAUCCUGUCUACAGAUGAAUACCUCAAGGUGCACUACCCACCAUACCUGUUUGAAGCCUUCCUGUUUGAACCUGUUGAUGAUACCAGAAGCACAGCAAAGGUUGGAAAUGGAUGUGUAGUGCUCAGUUUGCCUAAGAAGACCAACACAGUGUGGGAGCAUCUGAUGAUAACUACAAUUGAUAGAGAAAAGAAAAAGGAGGUCAGAGAAAGGGCUCUGUUGAAAUACCAGGAAAAGCUUUCUUCAGACUCCAGAUCCAAGGCAGAGAAACAGCAUGCAGAGAAACAAUACGCACUGCAGACAAUGAUGAAGCUUGAAAAGGAGGAAAGAGACAGUAUCCAGAAAAUAAAGGACACUGAGCGAGAGAAAACCACAGCAGAGCUGGAAGCAUGGCAACUGAGACAGAAUGAAAAAUCAGAGAAAGAAGGCCAGCUAAAACUUCAGAGUCAGAGAGGCAAUCAAAACAAACCGAAAGCCAUGACAGCGAAGCAGGAAGGCGGAUGUUCAGCUGGAGGAAAGGUCAAACUGGAUCAUAAUUGCAAUAGUGAAGCAAAAAGCAAGAAAAAACAAGCGGACCUGCCUGCUCCAAGACUUAUUGGAAAUAUUCAAGUCACAUUUACCCCACGAGUUUUCCCAACAGCCCUCAGGGAAUCGAGAGUGGCCGAGGAGGAAGAGUGGCUCAAAAAACAAGCUGAAGCCAGACGUUCAGUAAAUGCAGAUGUUGAAGAUCUGAUGGACCUGAAAGAACAGAGGAACCCUGACUGGUUAAAGGACAAAGGAGACAAAUGUUUUGUGGCUGGGGACUACCUGGGUGCAGUGAAUGCCUACAACCUGGCUAUCAGGCUCAACAGAAAGAUCCCAGCUCUGUAUUCAAACAGGGCUGCAUGUCAUCUGAAGCUGAGGAAUUUUCACAAAGCCAUUGAGGAUGCCUCUCAGGCACUUGAUCUGUUGACUCCACCAGUUGCUGCAAACGCAGCUGCCAGAGCCAGAGCCAGCGUCCGCCGAGGAUCUGCUUUCUGCCAGCUACAGCUCUAUGCAGAAGCGCUACAAGACUACCAAGCUGCUCUAAAGAUCAACCCUCAUGAUGAAGCGCUGCAGGCAGACACGCAGAGAAUCAGAGACAUUAUUCAAGGCACUGCAGCUAACCCAGAGCCAUACUGAGACAGAGAAAAUGUACUGCAUAUAUUAUGUAUGACUGUUUGUGUUGUUUGUCUGUUGCCCACAUCAGCUUCAGCCCUGAAAAAGUUAGGUAAAGUGUGUUUUACUGAAGAAUAUGCUGUGGAGUACAUGGGAGACACUCUUAGAAUCAGUAGAGCACCCUCGUGUGGCUAAAUGUUGCACCUCCUAAAAUGAAUUGCAAACAAUGGGUGAUUACAUUACAGCCUCUUCAGUUGUAGUAUGUACCUGGCUCAGUUAAUAAAAUACAUUUUUUAAGUUUUAAAAUGUCUGGCCACACACUACUAAUAUGAUAGGCCACUGCAGAAGUGGUAAUUUAGAACAAACUCUUCUAUUUGAGCUCUUGUGAUCCAAAAGUAAUAACAACCACAACCAAGGUCAUGUCACAUUUCAGGUGCAAUUCUGUCUGUAUCAUCAUAGUCGUGCUUUGAAGCACAAAGGAAGGUGUUGGCUCAUUCUUUUAAAAUUUAAAUAUUUUACUUUAAAUUGUUCACAGUCGGAAAAAUUUAACACCACAUUAGUUUUUAAUUGAAUGUAGAGCCUGGAACAGGUGUCAGUCGGUGGAUGAGAGGAGAAUGAUAUUACAGUUUUUCUUGAUUGCUUCAACACGUUUCUUGAAAUGAUGCCUCCAUUUCUUAGAACUCUAAACACAAAUCCAUAACUUCCCACCCAAUUCCUCAUUCUUUCUAUUUUCAGGUCAAAAUGAAACUCUCCACUCAAAACCAUUCAAUCUUGCUGAAAAAUCAAACUUUGCACUCAAACACACACACACACACACACACACACACACACACACACACACAGCAACACAGUCUGACACACUGGUGAGAUAAAUUCAAAACAAUACUACAAAAAUUGGUUAUUAGUAAAGUUGCCUUUGGUUCUCCCCCUCAAAAACCAUUUCACAUGCUGAACACAACAAAACAAAUUUAAUCAUGGCCACAUUUUUAUUCCUCUGUGUACUGUACAGUCCAACUCACCAAACAACAACAAAAACUCAUUCUGCCCCAGCAUCCUGUCUUUGGUCUGGGACAGGCUGGAGAAUCUCGUCCUCCACCUCCUCCUCUCUCUGCUCCUCCUGCAUUUCCUCCUCCUCCUCCGUCACAUCUUCCUCCUCCUGCUCUCAGGUGUCCUCCACCUCUUCUUUCACGUCUCUCUCCGUUGUUCCAAAACUGAAUGAACGGACUCAGGCCCUGUUAUCCAUCUAUUCUGAUUGGUGUGUGAUCAGUUAUGACUCUUUGGGGUCGUGUGUGGGUGUAGCCGAUCUCUCUCUUCCUUGCAGGUGAAGAGCUGAGGCCGAUUGCAGUAACUCUGGGCACAAGGGCCAAUUGACCUGUAGAGUAUUUGUAACUCCUCAUUCUCUUUCUUAGGAAGCUGCUGCUGGGCUGAGGUGAUAGACCUUCCUGUGGGCUGACUCCCCUCUGGUUUUUUCCCCAGGUUCUACCUUUGAUUUGGUGUUCUUUGGUUUCUUGGACUGUUGAUUUUGCUGUAUUUAUCUUGCUUCUUGCAUACUAAAACACACACCCAUCCAUCAUCCUGCGCAGACACUACUGAAACCACACAUGUUCAAACUUCAUACUUUAAUUUAGCACAAUUCUUCAUUUCCCUUAGUUUAGUUUAAAUACACAUAUUUUGUUUGGCUUAUCUCCCUUUUUGUUGGGGCCACUUGAGCCAGGUCAUCGAGGCAAUCGAGAAAAACUAAUGGAAAGAAACUGAAUGGGAAUGGGGGAAGAGGAAGAAUGAGCCGAAACAGGACUGAGGUGGACAUCGCGACAGGUGGUAAAGGGACUUGGUCUUAUAAAUCAGUAACCGGUCCAAAUUUGAGGCCCCUUUUCUGCUACUUGACUUCUUGUUAGAGGGAUGGUUGUACUUUGCUUUUAUUACAGUUUUUUUUCCAGAUUAAGAUUUACCAGAAAAAAAAAAAUUGUAAAAUACAAUGCAUUGUGGUUUUGACCCCUUACAGUAGUUUGUGUAGUAAAUAGUACACCUUGUAAUAUUUCAUAUGUCUGAGUUGUAAGCAGUUUCACCAUCUGAUUUCCGAUCAUCAGAUUGUGUCAUUUUUAUACAUAAAAGGCCCAAAUUAGUCAAAUUAGGAAAUAUU